AUGAGGGAUCUUUGGCCUUUGUGGCUUCUUCGCCCCGGCGGAAGCGGGAGCCUCUCAGGGGCUUUUUCCCUUCACGGGAGGCCCGUCGAUGUAGCAGGCGGCCCAUUGGCCCAGUGGAGAGGUUGGCUGACCACCAGCCUCAAGAAAAAUUAUGACAGGAGGAGGGUAGACAUAACUCCUUUAGAACAAAGAAAGUUGACUUUUGAUACCCAUUCAGUGGUUCAGGACUUGGAAAAUCAUGCCUAUUCUCUGCCUAAGGGAUUUGAAAAAGCCCAAGCAGAAACCAUUGUAUUAGCAUUAAUAAUUCUGUCAAAUGUCAGCCUGGACACAAUCUAUAAGGAGAUGGUCACUCGAGCUCAACAGGAAAUUACUGUCCAGCAAGUAAUGACACAUUUGGACUCAAUCCGGAAAGAUAUGGUCAUCCUAGAGAAAAGUGAAUUUGCACAUCUGAGAGCAGAGAAUGAGAAAUUGAAAAUUGAAUUGGACCAACUUAAACACGAGCUAAUAAAUGAAACUAUUCGAAUCAGAGCAAAUAAUAAAUUGGAUAUAAACCUAGAGAGGAGCAGAGUGACAGAUCUGUUUACACAUCAAAAAAAGAAACUUAGAGAAGCAACCACGGAAUUGAGCAAAAGGGAUACCCAUAUCAAAAACGUUAUUUCUGAGACUAGUGAUAAGAUUGCCAUUGAAAGUGCUUGCCUAAAAACACUGAUAGAGUCAAACAAACUUGAGACAAUUCAUUAUCUUGCAGCAUCUAUUUUUACUUGCCUGGCAAUAGCACUAGGAUUUUACCGCUUCUGGAAAUAA